AUGUACCUUAAAAUCCUUAACAUUUUUGGUCAUUUAUUUUAACAUCCUAUUAAUUGUUUUCAUAUACACACAUAUUCACUAGAAAGUAACCCUAUUGAGAAAAACAGAUAAUAUUUUUGGAGUUUGUCUUAGUCAUUUCAACAAUAUUGUAAAUAACCUAUACUCACAAUGGCAAGUAAUUAAUUACUGCCUUAAAUUGAUUUAAUAUCAAAUUUGCAUUUACUACAAAUAUUUGAUCUUAGUUGCCUUCAGAUGCUUUUAUCUUUUGGAUUAAAGAUUUACAUUUAAUGUAUGAAUCAUGUAGAUGUAAAUUGGUUUAUUGUCUUUAUUACAAUAUUGAGUUCUAUAAUAGAAAUUAUUAUUUUUUCACUAGUACAAAAAUAGGAGUAGAUAAUAAUUUACUCUUUACACGAAAGACUAAUUUUGGAAAUAGUAUUAUUACAUAUACAACCAAUUUAACUAUAACUAUCAGAUAUCAUUUAAAAGCCUUUUACAUUAAUUUAGUUACUCUUUUAUGUAAAUAGAUUAAUAUAUUUCUUGGAUUCAAAUCCAUUUUCUGUGAUAUUGUAAUUUAAGAACCUUUUUGAGAUUAUGUUAAAAUCAAAAUAUAUCUUUAGAAUAAAAAUUAUUAAAUGAUUAUCAAACAAAUAGGAAUUAAAUUACAUAAUAAAAUUAUCAAUUAACCUACUAAUAGUCUCAAUAUCAAAUAUCAAGAAAACAAUGUUGAAUUCUCUUACUUCAAAAACUCAAAGCUUUUGAAUCAAAAUUUCUAUAAAUUAGGUGUUCUUACUAUUAUGGAUUUUAAUAAUAGAUAAAUUAAAAUCAUAAAUACAUAUUAUCUUAUGAAAAAAUUAGUCAGUUAUUUUAAUUUUCUUAAUAUUUAAAUAUAUCCAACUUAAUCUUAAAAAUCUUAUAUAUAUUAUCCACUUAUAAGUAAUAACUUUUUAUUUUUAUGA